AUGUGGUAUAGAUCAGUCGCGGCGGCUGCCCCAUGGGCGCGAGCGCUCACCCGAGCGAGCAGUCGCAUCUCCAGCCAGCGCCUUGUUGUUGCGCGCACGUCAUUUUCCCAGCCCGCAAGCCAACACCGAUCGAUCAAGACGACCACCGCCAAGCGAGCGAGCCUUGCGCAGAACAACCAGGACGCCGAAUUCCCCUGGACCGUUGCCCCGGCAGACAAGAAGACACCGCAGACCUUGACUGAGAAGAUUGUCCAGGCUCAUGCUGUCGGCCUGCCCGAGGGAAAGACUGUUCGCAGCGGCGACUACGUGCAGAUUGAGCCGCACAGAUGCAUGUCCCAUGACAACACUUGGCCCAUUGCCAAGAAAUUCAUGUCUAUGAAUGCCACUCGGAUCAAGAACCCAAGUCAAAUGGUGUAUGCUCUUGAUCACGAUGUGCAGACAAAGACCGAGGCCAACCUUAAGAAGUACGAGCAAAUCGAGGCAUUCGCAAAGACACACGGCGUUCCUUUCUUCCCAGCUGGUCACGGCAUUGGUCACCAGGUCAUGGCAAGUGUUGAAGAGCUGUUUGUCUGGCCGGGCAAGUUGUGUGUAGCAAGCGAUUCUCACAGCAACAUGUACGGUGGAAUUGGUGCUCUUGGAACUGCUGUAGUACGAACAGAUGCGGCGGGUAUCUGGGCAACGGGAAAGAGUUGGUUCCAGAUUCCUCCUGUUGCCAAGGUCAACUUGACUGGAGUACUACCUCCAGGAGUCACUGGAAAGGACGUCAUCGUUGCGCUGUGUGGACUUUUCCAAAGCGAUGUGCUCAACCACGCCGUCGAGUUCGCUGGUUCGGAGGAGACCAUGGCCAGUAUCUCGGUGGACAACAGACUGACCAUCAGUAACAUGUCUACUGAAUGGUCUGCGCUUUCUGCAAUGUUCCCGAUAGACCAGACUCUGGAGCGCUGGCUCCGAUACAAGGCUACCGAGGCAGCCAUGUUCCCUAACCGGACCACACAAGAUCGAAUUACACACGAGAAGGUCGACGAGCUGUAUGCCAACCCCGUCCAGGCUGAUCCCGACGCCCAAUAUGCAAAGCAACUCUAUCUUAACCUCUCUUCGCUCUCUCCUUAUGUCUCUGGACCCAACUCCGUCAAGAUUUCGACGCCUCUGAGCGAGCUUGCCCCGCAAAAGAUCAAGGUAGACAAGGCCUAUAUCGUCUCUUGCACCAACAGCCGUGCUUCCGACAUCGCCGCCGCCGCCAAGGUCUUCCAGGAUGCCGCAAAGGCCAAUGGCGACAAGGUCCCCAAGAUCGCAGAUGGUGUCAAGCUGUACAUUGCCGCAGCUUCGGUUCGUGAGCAGGAAAUUGCCGAGGAUCAGGGUCACUGGCAAACUCUAAUUGAGGCUGGUGCUAUUCAACUGCCUGCUUCGUGCGGCCCAUGUAUUGGAUUGGGAACUGGUCUUUUGGAGCCCAACGAGGUUGGAAUUUCUGCUUCCAACCGAAACUUCAAGGGAAGAAUGGGUUCUCGCGAGGCUUUGGCAUACCUUGCCAGUCCUGAAGUCGUGGCCGCCAGUGCUCUCAACGGUGUGAUCUCGGGCACAGCCGCCUACCAGGCCCCCGAGAACUAUGCUGGUGUGGACUUCGGAUACGGCAAUGGCCUGCCCGCGACCACAGAAACCGAGCUUGGUAACGUCUUGGAACAGCUUGAGUCCCUCAUUGACCGAGUCGAGUCCUCUGUAGGCGAUGAUGACGCUUCAAAGGCCAGCACCAAGAUCCUUCCUGGCUUCCCGGAGAAGAUCAGCGGCGAGAUUGUAUUCUGCGAUCUCGAUAACUUGGACACUGACAACAUUUACCCCGGAAAAUACACAUACCAAGACGACAUCACAAAAGAGGGCAUGGCCGAAGUCUGCAUGUCAAAUUACGACCCAAAAUUUAAGGACAUUGCUAAGCCCAAUGAUAUCCUUGUCUCGGGUUUCAAUUUUGGCUGCGGAAGUAGUAGAGAGCAAGCUGCGACGGCCAUUCUGGCCAAGCAGAUCCCGCUUGUCGUGUCCGGAAGCUUUGGAAAUAUUUUCUCCCGAAACAGUGUCAACAAUGGACUCUUGGGCCUAGAGGUCCCGCGUCUUAUUGAGCGCUUGAGAGCCACAUUCCCAGAGAAGGUGACGACAAGACGCACAGGAUGGACCUUGACAUGGGAUGUUUCAAGGAGUGUCGUUGUGGUACAAGAGGGAGAGAAUGGCGACCGCUGGGAGGAAAAGGUUGGUGAGUUUUCUGAAAACUUGCAAGAAAUUGUUGCAAAAGGUGGACUGGAAAACUGGAUCGUGGAUGAAAUCAAGAAGACGGAAUGA